CCGCAUGACCCGGAACUACAACACGGAGUCAGUGGGAGGAGAUAGGGCAAGGACACCCACGGGUCCACAGAGCAGUCACACUUAUAUAUAUUGCAGUGCGUAUAGAGCAGAGUCAGGCAGCGGCUGCACAGCGCUCCGAUAUCUGAUCACGCUAUAAGCAUGCUGUGUGCACUGAGUCUGCGGGGCAGAACUAGCUUUAGACUUGCACCUGCUUUGGGAUGCCUGGCUUCCAGAAAGAAGCAUACGUUGCCUGACUUGCCAUAUGAUUAUGGUGCACUACAGCCCCAUCUCAGUGCGGAGAUUAUGCAGCUCCACCACAACAAACACCAUGCUGCUUAUGUAAACAACCUAAAUAUCGCAGAGGAGAAAUAUGCAGAAGCUCUUGCUAAAGGUGAUGUGACUGCACAGGUCUCUCUCCAGCCUUCCCUCAAAUUUAAUGGUGGUGGCCAUAUAAAUCACACAAUUUUCUGGACAAAUCUUUCUCCCAAUGGUGGUGGUGAACCUCAAGGUGAACUUUUAGAGGCCAUAAAACGUGACUUUGGCUCAUUUGAGAAGUUUAAGGAUAAGCUUACCACUGUGUCAGCUGCAGUGCAAGGAUCAGGAUGGGGCUGGCUCGGUUACAACAAAGAAUCAGACCGCCUACAAGUUGCUGCAUGUGCUAAUCAGGAUCCCCUGCAAGGAACAACAGGUCUUAUUCCUCUUCUGGGCAUUGAUGUAUGGGAACAUGCUUAUUACCUGCAAUAUAAGAAUGUUAGGCCUGACUAUCUAAAAGCUAUCUGGAAUGUCAUCAAUUGGGAGAAUGUAGCUGGAAGAUAUCGGUCUUGCAAAAUAUAAAGUUAAUUGUUUGUUGCUCCAUCCUCGAUAAGCACUUAGAACCCAUACCUGGGCGUUACAUGCUUGUGUGCAUUUUAUCAGAACUUUUGCUAUGGCAUCACAUGAGAUAUGCCUUACCACUUAUAGUAUUUCACAGAACUAUUAUAAAUCUAGUAACCUGCAAAGAGUUGUGUAAUUCCUGCUAACAAUAAAAUAAGUAGUAGACCUAG